AUUUGCGCUUUAAAUAGACAACAGUUUCGCAAGGCAUAUUCAGUUCUUUAGCCUUUGGCAGAGUGUAAAGAAUUAGCUUGACAGAUAUUUGUUCUAUUGAAUUAAUUGGUGCAAUGGAUUUUUAUUUUCAUAUUGUAUCAGCGCCCUGCCGUUCCAUUUUAAUGCUUGCCAAAGCAUUGGGAAUUGAACUCAACCGCAAAACGUUGAACUUGGAGGUGGGCGAACACCUGACGCCGCAAUUUUUAAAAUUAAAUCCACAACACACCAUACCCACUUUGGUCGACAACGGUUUCUCGGUAUGGGAAUCGCGUGCUAUACUCAUUUACUUGGCCGAGAAGUACGGCAAAGAUGAUUCGCUAUACCCAAAGUGCCCACAGAAGAGAGCUCUUAUCAAUCAGCGUAUGUUCUUCGAUUUAAACUUAUAUUCUUCCUUUGCUGAGUACUACUAUCCCAUCGCUAGAGAUAAGCAGCCACCUGUGCCAGAGAAUUUGACCAAACUCGAGGGACAACUAGAAUUUUUGAAUACUUUCUUGGAGGGACAAACUUAUGUGGCGAAUGAUAGUUUGUCUCUCGCUGAUUUCACAUUGCUCGCCUCUGUCUCUUCCUUUGCGGCAUGUGACAUUGAUGUAGGCAAAUUCCCAAAUAUUGUCAGAUGGCUCGAGCACUGCAACAAAACAAUACCCGGUGCAGAUGAAAACAAAGAGGGUUGUGAGUUGUUCAAGAAAUACUGGUAAAUAUUGUAAAUGGAAUGUUUUAAUUUCAUAAAAUUAUCAAUUAUGUAUAUGAAGAAACACAUAUAAUAUAUAUAAUAAAUUUUAUAAAUAAAUCUCACUAUAUUGAAAAAAUAGCAGUGUA